AAACGUCAAACAGUGGUCGUUGCGGAGGUUAGCAUUACAGCCACCGCUAGGAAUUUAUAUUUAUUAAAUUUCAAUUUAAACUGCAAAUAUGUAUUCAGUGUUAACGAGAGGAAACGCUAUAUUAACGUAUACUCUUAGCGUGCUAGCAUGCUUAACUUUCUUGUGUUUUCUGUCUACAUUAACUGUUGAUUACAGAACAAAUGCUCAAAUGAACACAGUAAAAGUAGUCGUCAAGAAUGUACCGGAUUAUGGAGUUUCUAGAGAGAGAAAUGAUCUGGGCUUCCUUACCUUUGAUCUCAAGACUGAUCUGUCCCAUUUAUUCAACUGGAAUGUGAAACAACUGUUUUUGUACCUGACGGCAGAAUACAUUACUCCCAACAACGAGCUCAACCAAAUUGUGCUUUGGGACAAAAUUAUUCUUAGAGGAGAAAAUGCUGUUCUCGACUUCAAGAAUAUGAACACGAAAUACUACUUCUGGGAUGAUGGUAAAGGCUUGAAGGGUCAUAACAAUGUGACACUCACACUGUCAUGGAACAUCAUCCCCAAUGCAGGUUUGCUGCCAAACAUCAUGGCCCUCGGCUACCACUCCUUCCGGUUCCCAUCUGAGUAUACCCAGACCAGAGUGUGAUCAACAUGCAAUUUUAUUUUAAAAGUAUCUCAGUAAAGUACUAGGAUAGUUAUACACCUCGGCAAAUGUGCCUUUUCACAAAUAUGUAUAGUCAAGGAGUUAUUGAUUGUAGAUGAGGUGUAAAAAAUUAGGAAAAAGUUGCCUUGGGCACAUAACAACAUAAAAUCUCGGAAAAAUGUUGCUAAAAAACGGAAUCGCAUGUGGCGACGGUAUGAUGGCUGGCCUUCUCUGUAAUUAUCUGAAGCUGCAAUGGUGUGACUUAGAGAUAUUUAGAGCUCUGUGGCACACAUCGCAUAUCCAUCACCAUGAAAGCACGAAUCGUCAUACAAUUUACACCUUUGCACGCAGAAAUGGUUCCAAUGUGUUAUGCUAAGCAAUUUAACCCUUAAAUGCAUGAAUUUUUCUUUUAACGAGAUAUUAAUAUAUGUGAUAGACAAUGGUUUUCUGACUCUGGGAAAAAUAAUUAAAAAAAUAUUUAAUACCGAUUUUAAUACUAAAUCA